UAUGGGUAAUUAGCUAUGUAAAGUAUAAAAGCUAGGGGUAACUAUACCGGUUUACAGAUAUAAGUCUACGGGUGCUACCGGCAUUGCCUAGCUGUUACGGAUAAAACCACACUCGCCCAAGCAAGAAAACGUGCAGAAAUACUAGAAUUAUCUUGAAGGCCAGCUUCUACAACCAUGCGUGGUGUCUUCAUCGUCUUCUUUGGCUUUCUUCUUACUGUCGUUAGCGCCAAGUCAGCGGAGGAACGACCAACUAAGGAUGUUCGCCGAGAAAUUCCGCCACAAGGUUUCAGAUUUAACCAAUGGGGAAAGAAAGAAAUUCCGCCACAAGGUUUCAGAUUUAACCAAUGGGGAAAGAAAGAAAUUCCGCCACAAGGUUUAAGAUUCAACCAAUGGGGAAAGAAAGAAAUUCCGCCACAAGGUUUCAGAUUCAACCAAUGGGGAAAGAAAGAAAUUCCGCCACAAGGUUUCAGAUUCAACCAAUGGGGAAAGAAAGAAAUUCCGCCACAAGGUUUCAGAUUUAACCAAUGGGGAAAGAAAGAAAUUCCGCCACAAGGUUUAAGAUUCAACCAAUGGGGAAAGAAAGAAAUUCCGCCACAAGGUUUGAGAUUCAGCCAAUGGGGAAAGAAAGAAAUUCCGCCACAAGGUUUCAGAUUCAACCAAUGGGGAAAGAAAGAAAUUCCGCCACAGGGUUUAAGAUUCAACCAAUGGGGAAAGAAAGAAAUUCCGCCACAAGGUUUAAGAUUCAACCAAUGGGGAAAGAAAGAAAUUCCGCCACAGGGUUUAAGAUUCAGCCAAUGGGGAAAGAGAGAAAUUCCGCCACAAGGUUUGAGGUUUAACCAAUGGGGAAAGAAAGAAAUUCCGCCGCAAGGUUUGAGGUUUAACCAAUGGGGAAAGAAAGAAAUUCCGCCGCAAGGUCUACGAUUCAGCCAAUGGGGAAAGAAAGAAAUUCCGCCACAAGGUUUAAGAUUCAACCAAUGGGGAAAGAAAGAAAUUCCGCCACAGGGUUUAAGAUUCAACCAAUGGGGAAAGAGAAAGCUGAUUAAUCAGGUCAUGAUUUAAACAGAUAAUUUAGAAAAUAGUCACAUGAACUUUCAAGUUAAAUUGAUAUUCAUUGGCGGUUGAAUUACUUAUAUGUACCAGAAUUAGCUGAAUACUUUAUAGAAUUACACUUUUUGACACGAAAGAAUCUGAAAAGAAAAUGUUAAAAUUAAGUUGUAUUCAAAUGUUGUGACGAAAUAAAAUUGGCGAAAUCUUCAAACUA